AAACUUUAUUUUCAUUUUUAUAAUCAUUGCUAAAAUAAAUAAUUGGACACAAUGUAAACUAACUACUGGUGGCGAUUACUAUCCGUUCAAUUUUGACGGUAUAGCCAGACUGCAUAACUUGGGCCCGGAAAUGGACCGCAAAGGUUACAUAAUGAACGUAAUGGCCCACCAGUUGGAGAUACUGUUCCAACAGACGGCACACUCGGAACCGGUAGACGACUUUGAUUUUGCCGUCCGAGACGACAUACGGCCAAUGCUAGCCGAUUGGGCACUGGCCCAGGAUUUUGUCAAACGUAACGGUAAUGGCGGCGAUAAACUGGGCCAACAAUUACAAACAUUACAACAAUUGAUGCGAUCGCUGGCCGAUAAAAUCAAACAGGAAUUUGAUCCGAUAAUUGGUCAGCGGGUUAGACAAUCCCCGGCUAUAUACCCGGCCACCCGAUUGACGGAAAUAUUUCGUACGGCUUCCUAUACGAUAGGACCGGAUCUAUUGAAACCGUAUGAACCGGAUUUUGCCCAAACACAAGCCGAGUAUGUGGGCAAUAUGGGUUCGGCUAUGAACUGGGCAUUGGACAGACACCUGGAGCUGCUGCUGGCACCGGGUGUCGGUCGUCCGAUACCCGCAUAUUUGCAACAAUUCCGGCGCUAUUGGAACCAACAUAUACAGGCCAUACAGUCUGUAUGUUAUAAUUAAAUUAAAUUAUUUUAUUUUUUUUUUUACUA